AUGGCGGAAGCAACGAAAGCACCUCCCCAGACGAUUUCGAUCCUGGGCGAGCCAAACAUCGUCGUCGACCAUGCCCUGUGGCCCAACUACAUUGUCCAGGACCUGACUCAGAAUCUGGCCUCGUCGACGUACGUCCUCAUCACCGACACGAACCUCUUCGAUACCUACGUCCCUUCGUUCCAGAAGCGAUUCGAGUCGUCGAAAGCGAACCAGUCCGCCCGGCUGCUCACGUACGCAAUUCCUCCCGGCGAGGCUUCCAAGAGCAGAGAGACCAAGGCGGAGAUUGAGGACUGGCUGCUGUCCCACCAAUGUACGCGGGACACUGUCAUCAUUGCCGUUGGAGGCGGUGUCAUUGGUGACAUGAUUGGCUAUGUUGCGGCGACUUUCAUGCGCGGAGUUCGCUUUGUUCAGGUGCCGACGACUCUGCUCGCCAUGGUUGACUCAUCUAUUGGUGGAAAGACGGCCAUUGACACGCCCAUGGGCAAGAAUCUUGUUGGUGCGUUCUGGCAGCCUCGCCGAAUAUUCAUCGAUCUUGCUUUCCUGGAGACUCUUCCUGUGCGUGAGUUCAUCAAUGGCAUGGCUGAGGUUGUCAAGACUGCUGCCAUUUGGGAUGAGAAGGAGUUUACUGUCUUGGAAGAGUCGGCCGCAACCAUCUUGUCGAGCGUUCGCUCCAAAGGCCAGAACCGACUGGAGCCUAUCAAGGAUAUGCUGAAGCGCAUUGUCACUGGCUCUGCUCGAGUCAAGGCAGAGGUUGUCUCUUCUGAUGAGCGCGAGGGCGGUCUUCGAAAUCUGCUCAACUUUGGCCAUUCGAUUGGUCAUGCUAUUGAGGCUCUUCUCACCCCUCAGCUUCUUCACGGCGAGGCUGUGGCUAUUGGUAUGGUCAAGGAGGCUGAGCUGGCCCGAUUCCUGGGCGUCUUGCGACCGGAGGCUGUCGCCAGAUUGGAGAAGUGUAUUGCAUCCUAUGGACUGCCUACCUCGGUAAAGGACAAGCGAGUCGUCAACUUGACCGCGGGCAAGAAGUGCCCAGUCGAUGUUCUGCUUAAGAAGAUGGCCGUGGACAAGAAGAAUGACGGAAGCCAAAAGAAGAUUGUGCUGCUGUCUGCCAUUGGAAAGACACACGAGGCGAAAGCAAGCUCGGUGGACGACAAGUCCAUCAGAAUCGUCCUCUCUGACUCCGUUGAGGUUACUCCUGGCAUUCCCUCUGAUCUCAGCCUCACCAUUACCCCUCCCGGAUCCAAGAGUAUUUCAAACCGAGCCUUGAUUCUCGCAGCUCUCGGCUCAGGUUCUUGCCGAAUCAGAAACCUGCUGCACUCCGACGAUACCGAGUUCAUGUUGUCGGCAAUUUCGACAUUGGGAGGCACCUCUUACUCGUGGGAAGAGGGAGGCCAACUUUUGGUUGUCGAGGGCAACUCUGGCAAGCUCAAGGCCUCAGACGAGCCUUUGUACAUUGGUAACGCAGGAACCGCAUCGCGUUUCUUGACCACGGUUGCAGCUCUGUGCGCCCCUACUAGCACGGCGACUACUACAGUUCUCACUGGCAACGCGAGAAUGAAGCUUCGACCAAUCGGCCCACUGGUCGAUGCCCUGCGCAGCAACGGAGUUGCAAUUGACUACGUGGAAAAGGAAAAGAGUCUUCCCCUCCGAAUCAAUGCCUCAAAUGGCCUCGAAGGAGGUGAAAUCGAGCUUGCGGCUACUGUUUCCUCCCAAUACGUGUCAUCCAUUCUCAUGGCUGCACCUUAUGCCAAGAAGGCUGUCACAUUGCGAUUGUCGUUCGGCAUUGAGGUCACUCCUUCUACCACUGAGGCGGACACAUACCACAUUCCUCAAGGUGUCUACAAGAACCCUGCCGAAUACACCGUUGAGAGCGACGCCAGUUCCGCUACCUACCCGCUUGCAGUGGCUGCCAUCACCGGAACCACUUGCACCAUUCCCAACAUUGGCUCCAAGUCCCUCCAAGGUGACGCUCAGUUCGCUGUCAAGAUUCUCGAGCCUAUGGGAUGUGAGGUUCACCAGGAUGACUACACCACUACUGUUACGGGUCCCAAGUCUGGAAAUCUCAAGGCUAUCCCCAACGUUGACAUGACAACCAUGACGGACGCUUUCCUCACGGCCACUGCCUUGGCCGCUGUGGCGACCGGAACGACGGAGAUUGUUGGAAUUGCCAAUCAGCGAGUGAAGGAGUGCAAUCGUAUUCUGGCGAUGAAGGAUCAGCUUGCCAAGUUCGGAGUGGUCUGCACUGAGCUGGAUGAUGGCAUCCAGAUCACUGGCAAGUCAAGAGAAAACCUGACCACACCGACAGAGAGCAUCCACUGCUACGACGACCACCGUGUUGCGAUGAGCUUCAGUGUCUUGUCGCUUGCGGCUCCCGGUCCCGUUUUGGUGACUGAGCGAGAGUGCGUUGGCAAGACUUGGCCCGGAUGGUGGGACGUCCUUGCUCAGUCCUUCCAGGCGAGCCUCGAGGGUGUGGAUACGGAGAGCAGCCGUGAAAUCAAGCCCAAAAACGCCACCAGUCUUCAGCGCUCCAUAUUUGUUGUUGGCAUGAGAGGCGCCGGAAAGACAACUGCUGGCAAGUGGGUUGCAAAGACACUUGGCUGGAAAUUCCUCGACCUGGACCAUGAGCUUGAACGCCGAGCUGGCAUCACGAUUCCGGAGAUGGUUGGAGGCCCUCGUGGCUGGGAAGGAUUCCGGGAAGACGAACUGGCGCUUUUGCGUGACGUUAUCGAGGCUCAUCCCAAUGGAUACGUCUUCUCAUGCGGAGGUGGAGUCGUCGAGACCCCGGCUGCCCGGGAGGUCCUGAAGUCGUACGGCGCCAAUGGUGGUCUUGUUCUGCUUGUCCAGCGGGAUACUGAUCAAGUAGUUGACUACUUGACCCAGGACAAGACACGACCGGCAUAUACCAACGAAAUCAGGGAAGUGUACGAGCGCAGAAGGCCCUGGUACAGAGAGUGCAGCAACUUCCUGUACUACAGCCCACACUCACAGGACUCUCCUUCAGUAGGAGAGACUGAAAUCCCCGACGACUUUACACGCUUCGUCUCUUUGAUCUCUGGAAAGUCCAAGACUCUCGAAACUGUCUCCAAGAAGAGACAAAGCUUCUUUGUGUCAUUGACGCUUCCCGACCUCAAGAGCGCUGUGGACAUUUUACCUCGCGUUACUGCUGAUUGUGAUGCCGUGGAGCUCCGCGUUGAUCUCUUGCAAGACCAGCAGCCCCAGGCCGUCAUGAAACAGGUCUCUUUGCUCAGACAUGUUACUGGAAAGCCCAUCAUCUUUACUGUCCGAAGUGAAUCUCAAGGUGGCAAAUUCUCCGAUGACAACAACGACCUGCGUCGUGCGCUCUACCGCUUGGCCGUCCGGAUGGGUGUAGAGUAUAUUGACUUGGAAGUGACUUUGUCUGAUGAGAUUAUUCAGGAGGUCAGAGACUCUCGAGGACACACCGUGAUCAUCACGUCUCACCACGAUCCCGCUGGUACCCUGUCGUGGAAGAAUGCGUCCUGGGUGUCUGCUUACAACAGAGCUCUGCAAUAUGGCGAUGUGAUUAAGCUGGUCGGCACUGCUCGAAGCGUCGAGGACAACUUUGACUUGAUCCGCUUCAAGUCUAGGAUGCUGGCAGCUCAGCCAACGCCCAUCAUUGCCCUCAACAUGGGCUCUGCCGGAAAGCUCAGUCGUGUGUUGAAUGGAUUCUUGACUCCCGUCUCACAUCCUGCCCUUCCGUUCAAGGCCGCUCCUGGACAGUUGUCCGCGGCCGAGAUUCGACAAGGUCUGGCUUUGCUCGGCGAGAUUGAGCCGCAAAACUUUUACUUGUUUGGCAAGCCGAUUUCCAAGUCGCGAUCGCCAGCUCUUCACAAUACCCUCUUUGGUCAGGUGGGCUUGCCUCACGAGUACCAGCGCCUGGAGACGGACAAGGUUGAGGAUGUGCUGGAGGUGUUGCGCAGCCCGGACUUUGGAGGCGCAUCGGUUACCAUCCCUCUGAAGCAGGACAUUAUGCCUCAUCUGGAUGAAUUGACCGAUGCGGUCAAGAUCAUUGGUGCUGUCAACACUAUUGUUCCUGCGACUGACAAGUCCGUGGAUGGCCGCAAGCGACUCACUGGUGACAACACAGACUGGCAAGGCAUGGUCUAUGUUCUCCGCAAGGCUGGUGUCAAGACCCAGUCUGGCAAUGCCAGCGCUGCUGUAAUUGGAGCUGGAGGUACAAGCCGCGCCGCCAUCUACGCCCUGCACUCGCUUGGCUUCCAGCCCAUCUACCUCGUCGGCCGAGAUGCCAAGAAGGUUGAGAGCCUUGCAUCGAGCUUCCCCGCCGAGUACGGUGUCCAGCCCGUUGCAAGCGCUGCUGAUGCUGAGAAACUCGCCAGCAAGCCUGUUGUCAGCAUCAGCACCGUCCCUGCCGACAAGCCUCUCGAUUCAGGAGUUGAGGAGACUCUCGGCGCUCUCUUCAAGUCAACAACUGCUGCUCAGGGUGAGAGCCGCGUUCUCCUGGAGAUGGCGUACCACCCUCCUCGCACCCCUGUGAUUCAGAUUGCGGAGAAGGCUGGUAAUUGGACGACGAUUUCUGGGCUGGAGGUUCUUGCUGCUCAGGGCUGGUAUCAGUUUGAGACUUGGACGGGCAUCAAGCCGCUUUUCAGCGACGCUUAUGAUGCGGUGGUGGGUAAGGAGUAA